CCCGAAUCUAGCAUCAUCAUGGUUGCUACCCUAGACUCAGAUAUGGUUCAAUACGAUCACAAACAGAACCCCAUUGAGGCUCCUCUCGAGGAGAAAGAAACAACAGUGGUCUGCGCAGCUCCUCGGCUGCUCAAUUGUGAUGGACGCGAGUACCCAACGGAGGAAGAGAUCCAUACGCUGCGUCGAGUCGCUGGCAACGUUCACUGGACUGCAUAUACCGUUGCCUUUGUGGAGUUGUGCGAACGCUUUUCUUAUUAUGGAACCACAGCUGUGUUUACGAAUUUCAUCCAACAGCCGCUUCCUGAUCACUCCAGCGCCGGUGCCGGUUUCAGUGGACAGUCUGGUGCUCUAGGCCAGGGCCAACGAGCCUCCACUGGACUGCAACUAUUCAGUCAGUUUUGGUGUUAUUUGAUGCCCAUUUUUGGAGCCUGGUUGGCGGAUGAGUUCUGGGGCCGACUCAAAACAAUCCAGGUGUCAAUCGCCUUUGCCAUGGUGGGACAUAUCAUUCUGAUCAUCUCUGCGCUGCCUCCCGUGAUUGCACAUCCAGACAGAGCCUUAGGAUGUUUCGCAGUCGGUCUCGUGAUCUUUGGCGUUGGCGUUGGAGGGUUCAAGUCGAACAUUGCUCCUUUGAUCGCAGAACAGCACAAAGAGACCAAGAUGUACAUCAAGAUUGACCCGAAGACCGGGGAGCGCGUCAUUGUCGACCGAAUACAAACAAUCACCCGCAUUUUCCUCUACUUCUACCUUGUGAUCAACGUGGGCGCGUUGAUCGGCGCCAUUGUCAUGGUGUACGCCGAGAAAUAUGUUGGAUUCUGGCUCUCCUUCCUGAUCCCUACUGCCCUCUUUGCCCUCUGCCCGAUGGUACUAUUCUUUUGCCGUCACAAGUACCAGGUUACUCCUCCUACUGGAUCCGUUGCUGCCAAGGCGUUCAAGCUUUGGUCGUUCGCCCUGAAGCCUUGCUGGUCCUGGAACCCUAUCACCUUCGUGAAAAACUGCCGCAGACCUGGAUUUUGGGAGGAUGUGAAGCCAAGUAGAGUAGAGAAAAAACCCGCCUGGAUGACUUUCGAUGACCUGUGGGUCGAUGAAGUGCGCAGAGCAGUCAAAGCUUGUGCAGUGUUCCUCUGGUAUCCUAUUUACUGGUUGGCAUACGGGCAGGUAACUGGCAAUUUGAUCUCGCAAGCAGCCACAAUGCAACUGCACGGUGUGCCUAACGAUAUCAUCAACAACCUUGAUCCUCUUGCCCUGAUCAUUUUCAUCCCAGUUAUGGACCAAUUUGUCUACCCUGGGAUUCACAGGAUGGGAUACAAUUUCACCCCACUCAAGAAGAUCUACGUCGGCUACAUGUUGGCAAGUGCAUCGAUGAUAGCAGCGGCAGUCACUCAGUACUACAUCUACAAGAUGAGUCCAUGCGGAAACCAGGCUAGUUCAUGCGACGAACCAGCGCCAAUCAACGUCUGGGUGCAGACGCUCCCUUAUGUUCUGAUUGCCUUUUCUGAGAUCUUCACCUCGAUCACCGGGUACGAGUACGCGUACACCAAGGCACCUAGGAACAUGAAGAGUUUGGUUCAAUCAAUCUACCUUUUCAUGAACGCCAUCUCGUCGGCCAUCCAGCAGGGUCUGACUGGGCUGUCGACCGACCCUCUCCUCAUCUGGAAUUACGGAUUCGUGGCCGUCCUGGCGUUCGUAGCUGGGAAUCUGUUUUGGAUCACACAUUCCGACCUGGACGAGCAGGAAGACGAACUGAACGAACUCGAGGCGUCUGAUUACCUGGGCCGCGACACACAGCGAGAUCCCGAGAGAACGGCGUAAUCGACCGAGUACAUGCUCUGUAUAACUAUCUUGAUUCAAUAUUUGGCAUGGAUAGGAGAGGAUAUAUGAGCUAAUGUAGUUAGUUAUCGUAGCGAUAACCAGACCUAAUCCAGUUAGCCUGGCUUUUCAAUCAAAUAAGGUGUCAAACUUUGGAUACCGC